UCCAGCCAGAGGAAGCGACUCACAGCUCCGUCUUUUUUACCUUCCUCUGCGCUUCUGUAUUCUUUACUGCUGAGCCUCCAGCCGGCAUGGACAAGUCCUCAAAUGUCCACCUACCCGCUUCCAGAAUGACGUCCAAGGAGGAGAGUGAGAGGGGAGCAGUGGUUCCUCCCAGGAGUCACCGGCAAAGGCCAUCGAAGGCAGGCCGGGCCCCCGAGGGAAGGAAAGAGAAGCCUCGGAAAGAGAAGCCAAAGACAAAUGACGUGAAGGCAGAACAGGAGGUGGAGGUGAAGUUGAAAUCAACUGUGGUGGACAUAGACAGAGUGAGAGAUGAUGAGGUCAAGGAGGAGAACAUGGGGCUCCUGGAGGCAGCAGAGCAGGAAGAUGGUUUGAGGCGCAGGGACCUGGGAGUGUUGGAGUGGCUGCUGAUGGUCCUUGCCUUGUCUCUGGUUCUCCUCUUCCUCCCUCUGUCCAUCUGGUUCUGUUUCAAAGUAGUUAGAGAGCACGAGAGAGCUGUGAUCUUCAGACUGGGUCACCUACUGCGUGAAAGACCCAGAGGCCCAGGUCUUCUUUUCUAUCUCCCUCUCCUUGAUGUUUGUCACAAGGUUGACAUACGACUGAAGAUGCUGAAGGUUCCUCCUCACACGGUGGUGACAAAGGACUUGGUGAGGCUGGAGCUGAGCGCCGUGUGUUAUUACCACAUCGAGAACGUGGCUCGGUGCAGCACGGCCCUGUCCAGUCUGACCACGGUGUUGCAGACUCUGGUCCAGGCAGCGGUCAGAGACGUUCUCGCCCAACACACAUUCAGCCACAUCCUACAGCACAGGAGGAGGAUCGCUCAGCAGAUACAAGCAGCUGUUGACUCUGUCGCCUGUCGCUGGGGCAUCCGAGUGGAGAGAGCAGACAUUGACAGCAUUUCAUUAGAAUUACAGCCCAGUAGUUGCAUCUGGUCUAUUUUGAAGAAAUUGAGACAGGCCAGAGCAAAAGCAGCAGAAGUGGAGGCAGCUGCCUGGGAGGGGUUCAGGGCCUCCUUCCGUCACCUCCAUCCAGCCCUGGUCCUUCCAUUCCCCCCAGAUCUCCUCAGUGUGACCUCUGACCACUCAUCUCUACCUCCUCCUCCUCCUCCUUCUCCUCCUGUGGAGGAAGAAGGGAGAAUGACAGAGGGGGAGCGGGAAACAGACUCACCAAUGAUGUGACAGAUUGUGAAUAAAUACCCUUUUAUUAUUAUUAUUGUUAUCAACAACAACAGAUAAAGUGAUUGUUGAGUUGGAGAAAAUUUGUAACAUUUUCCUUCAAACAACUGAGCUUUAGCACUGAUGAA